CGGAUCUGGAUCUGGUGCCGCUAACCACAGCACGACGAGCUGUGUAACAGUAGCUCAUAUCGUGCGGGGGGGAAAACACGACGUUUUUUGGACUGAACGACCCUCGUCGACUCACAGUCCAGAAAGAGAAAAAAGGUCUCCUGACUGUGUUUCCGUAGGGAAGACGGGAGACAUCGGCAAGGAGGAUAGCCGAUUUCUCCGUGUACUGGCAAAGAAAGCCCGAGCUGUAAUGUCCUUCACCGAGGUUUGCUUACUGAACACCGCAACACGGACAAUGUAGCCGAUAAGCCACAAAGGAAAUCUGGCGGUGAGGCAAGCAGGAGCAACGCGGAGCACUGAUCUGGUUUCCAUUCAGAUGCCACCCACAUCUUCCUAGACAGUCCAAGUCCAUGUAUAUCCAAGAAAAGGAGUGUGUAAAAUUUUAGCCCCAGCUUCCAGUCCUUGCAGAGGAUGGCUAAUGGGUGGGAUUCAUACUUCCAAAACCUCCCACCUCUGUCAUCGGAUCCAAGCACUUUGAGAAGGACAUCAGAGUCAGAGGGAAGUCUUUCACAGCAUCUAGAGAACUUAAUUGAUCAUCAUGACUUUCCUGGGACAGUGGCUUCCCAUGAAGCCCCUGCAACAAACUCGAACUUCAGCACAAACUAUUACUCAAAUCCAAGCGUCGGAAAUUCCAACUCAGACUGUGUAUAUCAAACAUACUACAAAGAAACGUCAUGGCAAGCUGAUGGAGAGCAAAUGGAAAAAGAUUACUUGUCAAGAUGUGGAAAUGGUGAUAUAGAUUUUACCACAGAUGAAUUACAGACUUCUGAAACAUUUCCUGAAUCUUUCGCAGCAGAUUUACAGGGACUUAAGCAAGACUGUGGAAUACUAGCUUCUUCAUUUCUUGAGGACUAUUCAGAUGUCAGCAGCUGCUCUGAUGCAGAUGCUGGCGAAACAAGGCCCUCUUGUAAAUUCAUGGCGGGUAAUUUAGUUUCAAAACCUAAAAAAGAUGACACUAUAAAACACAGCUCAUCGGAAUGGCUUUUUGCUCCUACCAGAAAUAUGAUGUUUUCGACUGAGAAUCCAUGCCCUAAUAUGUCACAGAAUAAUGAAACUUUGCCCAGUCCGUUAAAUGUGACAGCGGGUGAAAAUAAAACUGAAAGUGCACAAGACAAGAUUGAAAGUCAAGAAAACCCUGUCAAAUCUUAUGCAGGACACAAUCAAUACUCUACUACUUCUAACGUGACAACUACAGGGAGUGAGACUGUAGAGGAAAGAAAUGUGUAUGAUGGUUGUGAUGAUAAGACACAAACGGAACAUGUAGAGAAAGAUCUCACUCAAGGAAUUUAUUCAAACAUCUCGGCAAGUCAGCUUGAAAACUUGACUGGUGAUGCAAUCGAGAAGUAUCCAGACUGCAAUGAGGAGGAGCAGAUUCCCAUCAUUUCUCAGAAUGUCGAGGCCAUGUUUGAGAAUAAGCAAGAUCACUUGGAUAAAAAAGUCAGAAGAAAAGACUUGAAGGAAUCAUCUGACCAAGAAAUAGAGGGAUUUGAUAAUGCUACCUCUACAGAUGAUCAAGAUAGAAAUCUGAGAGAGAACGAGCAGGACAAAAGUGAGGUCCUAAAGGGGGAAAGAAAAGACUCAGGUUCAUUAAAAAAUGAGAAUUUGGAUAAGCAAACAUCUCUUAAUCCUACCUCUAUUGGUUGUCAAGAUGAAAAUAGGGACACUGACUCUCAGGAGAGAAAAACUCAUUCAAAUAUCUCUCAAUCUGCAGAUCCACAAGGUAUAAAUGUGUCUGAUUGUAAAGAUGUUACUCAUGGAAUGAGGGAAUGCACAAAAACCUUGACGAGCAACAGCCAUGAUACUGAAUCCUGUUUGCAGUUAUCUGGGUGUCAAUCUUCCGAAAGUGUUGCUCGGGACAAUAUUUGUUCACGCCCUGCUGUGAUGACUGAUGGUCUUGUCAGUGAAACUUGUGACAAGAAUGAGCAAAGUGCUAAGCAAAGCCAUUCAGAUUUGUACUUGGAACCAAAUGGCUCCAACACAGAUCCAAGUCGUUAUGGGCCUGCCGUCACUAGCAACAGUGUUUCUGUUGAUACUGGAGAUAAGCAAAGUAUUGCUAACCCUGUAGACUCCUGCUUACGGCAAAAUACCUCCAGCACAGACAUAGUUACCUGUCUAGAAAAUGAAAUGACAACUGCUAUGCCUUUUCUAGAUCCAGGUUGUAAUGGUCCUGGUGUCACUAGUGAAAGUCUCUCUGUUGAUACAAGUGCCAAGGACAAAGAAGGUGCUGGUACCCUUGUAGUGUCCUGUGUACAGCAAAAUGGUUCCAGUACAGACAUAAGUCCCUGUCAAGAAAAUAAAAGUUCAAGAAUAAAGGAAACCACAACCUUGCCUACCGAUCCAGUCAGGACCAGUGACAGUACAGAGCAAAGUCUUAACAGUUUAGAAUUGUGCUUGCAGUCAAACACCACAAGCACAGACUUAAAUCCCUGUCCAGAAAAGAAAUGGACAAGACCAGCAAAGGAUACAAAUUCAACCUCCUGUCUAGAUCAGCAACAGUCACUACAUGAAAGUCCAUUGGCCACAGAACCACAAAGUCUGACUGAAGAUUUUGCUGAAAAUGCAAGAGAGUCAUUUGAAGAGCUGGCCACAUAUACAGGGGAACCAUCAGUACCUGGCUUGCUGUACGGUGAACCUCUGUCAAGAGAAGACUCGUCUUGUGACACUGAUGAAAUACAACUCGAUGUAAGUCCAUGUAAAAAUACUUCUUUUGCUAGACUUGACACUAAAAGCAUUCACUCAGAAGGACAAGCAGCUCAUCUAACAUCUUCUAAACAAAUGAGAAAACGUCUACAGCCGGUUGUUAUACUGCAAACCGAGGCAAUAAAUGUAAUGAGUAACUCUUAUCAUUGCACAGGUUGCCAACAUACAACCCACAAUGUAGAUCAUCUGAUUGAACAUCACCAUUGCUGUCAUUCAGUGCCCAAUUUCGAGUUUUGCAAGACUUGUAAUGUCUACCUGAUGAUAAGCAAUGAAAAAGCUGAAACACAUUUGUGUGGUGUAACCAAGAAAAAGCCUAGGCUCCAUUCUGAUUCCAGCCUAAAGAAGAAAACAAAACGCUAUGGCGGCCACAAGUGCAUUAAGUGCAGACUGGUAUUUUCAAAACGAUAUAAAUAUAUCACACAUAUGCGGACACACACUGGAAAAACACCCUAUCAAUGUGAUGGAUGUGGAUUGUAUUUUGCGCAGAGUAGUACCUUGCAAAGACACAAGGUUACACCUGGAAGAUGCAAGCAGCCUAAAUUGCCAGUAACAAAUCCUGAUGCUGUUAAAAGUAAAACUAAACCACCAACACAAAAGGACUUGGUACAAACGAAACAAUCUGCAAAUCUACCACAAAAGGACUUGGUACAAACGAAACAAUCUGCAAAUCUAUCACAAAAGGACUUGGUAAAGACGAAACCAUCUGCAAAUUUGCCACAAAAGGACUUGGUACAGAAAAAAACAUCUGCAAAUCUGCCACAAAAGGACUUGGUACAGAACAAACCAUCUGCAAAUCUGUCACAAAAGGACUUGGUACAGAACAAACCAUCUGCAAAUCUGCCACAAAAGGACUUGGUACAGAACAAACCAUCUGCAAAUCUGCCACAAAAGGAUUUGGCACAGGAAAAACAAUCUGCAGAUCUGCCGCAAAAGGACUUGGUACACAACAAACCGUUUGCAGAUAUGCCUGAUUGUUUUGUGAAGCUUGUUGACAUCUGCAAAACCAAUAUGUGCAAUGUAUGUGGUAAAGGCUUCUCAUCUGCAGUGAAGACCAAAAAGCAUUUCUACGACGUACACAAGGGAGGGAAAUUGGCAAUUUUGCAGAAUCCGACCACAACACUAAGUUGUGAGAAAAGCCAAACAGGAGAGAAUGAGAGAAGAGGAAAACAUAAAUGUCCUCUUUGUCCACGGCUUUUCAAAUACUCAUACAACAGGGCUCGACAUUUGCGUUUCUGUGUCAAAGAGGCAGUAUUUGGUGGCAAGGAAAAAGUUGGUGGUAAAUAUCGGUGCCCGUUGUGUCACACUACCUUCACUUUAUCAUCCAACCGAUAUAGACAUAUUAACACAUUUUGCCUCAGAGAGAGUGUUAACCGGCUUGCAAAAGAGGCACAAUCAAGGCCAAAGACUGAACACAAAACACUGUUGAAGGAAAGUGAGCAGAAAACACAAGCCUUCCCAGCUUUAGCAGCCCGCAAGACCGCACCACGUUACAAAUGCCAUCAUUGUCCAGCAGUUUUUUACCAUCCUUCAGGAAAGUACAGACAUAUGAAGAAGCAUGAGUUGUUUAAACUCACCGGCUCAACUCAAAUGAUAAAGUACAGGAAUUCAGUUUACUCUACCAUGUCUAAACCAGCUGCUUUAAGUAGUACAAAGACUGAAGAGAGUAAGAAUAGCUUAACAUCAGAUGAAGCAAAUAACAGUGUUUCCCUAAGCUGUCAUUUUUGUGGAAAAUGUUUUGCCACCACACAAUCCCUGAAGAAACAUGAGCAUAAUCACAAAGGUGAAAAACCAUACCGCUGUCUGGAAUGUGGAAAAGGAUUCAAGAGACAUGCCUAUCUGAUUGGUCAUAAAAUCGUUCACCAGAGGAGGAUACAAUGCACUGUCUGCAGAAAGAUUCUUCCAACUAUAAGAGAACUGAUCCAGCACAGAAGUACACAUCCUAAAAGGGGAAUGCUUCAAUGCCCAGACUGCACUCUGCAGUUCCAGUAUCCUGCACACCUCCUCCGACAUCUUGACCGCCACAAAGGAAGAAACAAGGAACCUCAGUUUGAAGAGAAAGCACAGUUAAAACCCCAGCAGUCCUUAGAAUCUCUGAAAGAGGAGAGUGAACUAAAACCGCUACAGUGUUCCUUAUGUAAAGAGGUCUUUAAUGAUGCCCAAGUACUAAGAAAACAUUGUCUUACACAUAUAUCUGGGUCCUCAUCGCACCAGUGUCCAUUUUGCAAGCAUAAUUUCAGUACUCGCCGAUAUUUGCUGCGCCACAUGAUCAAACAUACUGGAGACAAACCCUUUUCCUGCACUAACUGUGGAAAACAGUUUUACCGUGGCUUGUACCUUAAACUUCACAGUGAGCAGUGUUUGCCUCCCCAAACCACACAUCCUGGUAAAAUGGAGUCCAAGCCAAAGGGAUCUCAUAAGUGUUCCUACUGUCCACGGGUGUUUACCAAGAAAAUGCGGCUGAAAAAUCAUCACCGUGGGCACAAGGCAAACUCUCUGCUAGUGUGCGAAAAAUGUGGGCAGUACUUUGGAUAUACAAAACUAAACCAGCAUCGAAAGAACUGCGAGGGAAAAGAGCUCAACACUAGUGUAUCUCCUAAUGGCAAUUCCAGUUCCAGCAGCUCUCAGACAAGCCAGGAUGUCCGUAAAAUGCCUUUACAGUCCAAUGCAACAAAGAUGCUUCAGUUUAAAUGUCCUUACUGUCCACAUAAGUACCGGUUCAAGUCUAUACUCAUGAGGCAUCUUGUUUCACAUACUGGUGUCCAGCCAUAUGCAUGUGUACACUGUGGCCACAGAUAUAGAACUCAGACAGCAUGUUUGCAGCAUGAAGCUUUCUGUGAUGGUGUUUACAAAGAAGGGCAGUCAAAAAUCAAAAGUGAUUCGGCUAAACAAUUGUCAAACAUGCCUACUCUCAGAGACGCAGCGCAAAAGCCCAAAGCAGAAGGUGUUGCUGAGUUCAAGUGCAAAUUCUGCACCAAGACUUUCAUGAAGCCACGAAACCUGAGACGUCAUAUUUUGACACAUAACGAAGUGAAGCCUUAUCGCUGCAAAGCUUGUGACUGCUGCUUUUCAAGGUAUGAUCAUUUAAAAGUACAUCAGGGUCGUUGUAAAGGGAAAAGAUCAAGACUUGAAGUCUGCAUUCCCAAAAUUAGUUUGGAGGAUGUUGGCAAGGGUUGGCAAAGUAAGUUUGGCAUUGAGACUGCUGAAAAGCAAGAGACCUUUGAGUGUGAAGUCUGUUCAAGGAGCUUCCCUACUCAGUCUAAACUUUCCCGACAUAACACUUUGUUCCAUGUCACAAAAUUAUUCAAGUGUCAUGUCUGUGGCUCAUCAUUCUCUCAUGAAAAAACUCUGAAAAAGCAUAGGAAGAUGAGAAAAUGCAGAAAGGUCUCCAAAGAGAAAAAUGCUUCUCCAUCACUGGAAACUAAUCCCCCAACAGAAAAUGUGACUAAAUCUAUUGAUGUGGCGAGAAAUCGAAUUCUUCAGAGAAUCCAGCCUCACUUUAACAAAAAGUACAAAUACGAAUGCAGUUAUUGCCCCCGUGCUUUUCAACACGGCCAUCAGUUAGGUGUGCACAUCCGCCUGCACACAGGCGAGAGGCCAUUUGCCUGUGAUUAUUGUGGUCUGAGAUUUAUUAGGAAAGACUAUGUGCAGCGUCACAUCCCAAAAUGCACCAAAAAACCAAAGCAAAAUAAAGUGCUUUGUGACAGAUGUGGAAGGUUUUUCCCGCAAGUCAAGAUUGCAAAUCACAAAAAAAGUUGCACUUUGCCAUCAAGCUUAUCAAAGUCGACAGCUGGCCAAGAGCAGCAGUCAGCCUCAGAAAGCCCACCAAAAGGCUUCUCUUGUGCAUACUGUAGUUCCCGUUUUUUGUUAUUUUCCCAGCUCCAAGAGCAUUUUUUAAAUGCACACAAGAUGGAAACAAUGGUUCCGCCAGUGUCUACUGCUCCCCUUCAACACCAUCUGUCAAAUAUACCAGACAUCAAAGAGGAGCCUGCAGAUGUGAGUUGUGACAAACCAGUUAGUGAUGGUGCUAAUUCAAUCUGUAAACUAGAUGCAGCUUCUGACAGAGGGAUCACUAAACGGUUUCCCUGCCCAGAGUGCAAUAUGUCUUUUGUGAGUAAAGCUGGACAAAUGGGUCAUAUGCGUGUGCACACAAUGGAGCCUCCGUUUAAAUGUAAAACAUGCAAGAGAGGCUUCUGGAAUAAAAGUCUCCUCCGUAAUCACUACAGGAAAUGUAGAUUUGGAAAUAUUUCAAAUAAGAAUACAUGCCGACAGUUGGAGGUUCCUUUAAAAGCAGAGAUUGAUUUUGCGCUGACUGACAGUGUUCUCUUGUUCAAAGAGGGCACUGAUACAACUGGCACUGGGAUUGUGCAGACCAACUUCUGCAAAGAGGAAGUUAUAGAUGAAUCCCCACAGCAUUCAGAAGGAAAUGAGGUGCAAGUCGGUUCAAGCAAAGAGAAGAAAGCUGAGCAGUACCAAUGUUCUGAAUGUGAUAAGAGCUUCACAGAUGGCUUAAUGCUCAUAAGUCACCUUGAGGACCAUGGAAGACAGGAACAAGAGAAAAAGCGCAAUACAUGUCAUCAGUGUGGGCGGGUGUGCACUAGUCCAGGAAAUCUUGUAAAACACCUGAGAACACAUGGAAUUGAGAGGAAGUACUCAUGCCCUUUUUGCAACAAGAUGUUUGAGAACCAAACUGAUUUUGAAAGUCACAAAUCAUGCCAUGACCCAAGUAGACCUUAUGCAUGUAAACUCUGCUGUCAAAGGUUUUCGGUGAGAACAUCUUUAUGUGAUCAUUACAAAGACACUCAUCCAGAUGAUGUAUUUACUUGUCAAUUCUGUAACAAAGCCUAUUCAGUCAAAAAAUCACUGGCAAGACAUGUUAAAAAAUGGCAUCAAAAAGAGAAGAAGAAUCUAGGGAGUAAUGUACAGGAAAAGAGGAGUGCAGACCAAUCCAGCAGUAAAAUCAGUACAACUGGUGAAAGUGAGGAGGAGGAAAAUAAUGGCACUGAAGACAGCGACUCAGACUCUGCACCAUACUUCCCGUGCCACGUGUGCGGCAAGACAUUCUCAACAUCAGAAAGUCUUGAGGAUCAUCAGCUCUGUCACCUGGGUGAAAAACCCCAUGAAUGUGCAGAAUGCGGCAGAUGCUUUUUCCAGGCAUCCCAGUUGCAGCAGCACCAACGAAUGCACAAGUCUGAAUUUCAGUGUCAGGCAUGCGGCAGGGGUUUUGUCUCUCUCUUUGCACUUCGUAAACACAAGCAUACUCAUGGGAAGAGCCGUCCAUACCGUUGUCCAAAGUGUGACUUCAGUUUCACAGGACCCUCACAGUUAGCAGAACACAUGUCCUCCCACCGUGAAGAAAGCUUCCCAUGUGACAUAUGCAGUCGAGUGUUUCGCUCAAAGAGUAGCAGAGCAGAGCAUCGGAAAAGCCACUCCAAGUCAAGUGACCAUCACCCGUGUUCAGUUUCAGAGGAAGAACAUAAAAAAUCUGCUUCCCUCCCUGAAAGCUCAUCGGUAUCAAACGAAGAACUGAAAUAUUGUUGCGGCAUUUGUGGUGAGCGUUUCAGAGACCGAGAGUUUCUCUCCGAGCAUGGUUGCAUGGCAGCCAAAGAGCGACCAUACUCGUGCCCUGUCUGUGAUAAACAUUUUCUGCAUGAGUCUCACCUGAAAAAGCACAGGGCCACUCAUCAACAAUCCUGGUCUAGAAGUGAAUAUCCAUGUUAUCAGUGUAACAAUAGUUUCUCCUCCUCUCAGGAGUUCCUCAGCCAUCUUAACACCCAUGUUGAUACUGUAGAAGGAAUUAAAUCAAAGACUGAAGAUGGUUGUCCUUCACAUGUUUUCAAAUGUCCAGUUUGCCAUCAGUGUUUUGCCAGUGCCACUGAAUUGAUCGGUCAUUUUUCCAUGCAUCCUGACGGUGCAUAUGGAUGCAAAAUUUGUAAAAUAACCUUUUCAUCUGAAAGUAAGCUUAAAGAACACGAGCAACGUCAUCUGACAUCCGCUACUGAAUUUGAAUGCACAGAAUGUGGCCAGAGCCAUCUGGGAAGCGUUGCUUUCCUUCAGCACAGCUGUUCCCAUCAACAACAGUCAAAAACAGGGAAUGAAUACUCAGAUCCAUCAGCUAAGACUUCCCUUCCAUCUUAUCGUCAAGCACUGGGAGAGGAGGAGGAGAUUGAUGUUACAGGCGAGGACUUUUACUAUUGCCCCGUUUGCUCAAAGCAGUUCUCGUCAAAAAGUGGCCUCUUGGAGCAUCAAAAUAAACAGCACCCAAAUGAGAAGCCAUUCAAAUGUGAGCUUUGUGGAAAAUCAUUUGCCUUGAGGCGGUACCUCAGAGAACACAUGCGUAGGCAUCGUCAAAAAUCUGUUGCUCAAUCAGCAGAAAUAAAAAUCAGAUGUAACCAGUGCCACACUGAAUUCAGUUCACCCCAAGAACUGAAUUUGCAUAUGAGAGUACAUCCCACCAUUGCAGUUGGACAGCACCGCUGUGAUAUGUGCUACAAGUCAUUCAACCACUUGUCGCUCCUUAAGCAGCACCAAGAAAGUCAUGUUGGUCAAGUUGUAUAUGAAUGUGACGAAUGUGAUAAAGCCUUUGCUUUCCCUCACCUACUGGAAGAACAUCAACUGACUCAUGCUGGGUCCGCUCAGUAACGGUUGUUAUAUACCAUCUACCUUAUCCUCCCUUUGAAAAACUGACUAAAGUAACGUGAAAUCCUUUUCAUGCCUUACAUCUGAUUGUGUACCUCCACUUGUAAUCCCAAUUUAGAUUCAAUUUGUAUUUUUUGCCCUUGUUACAUACUUAAACAUCUCUUGGCUUCUGUCGGUAUGACAAAGAAGCCUGGUGUGAGUUUCUAUUACACUGUAUAUAUUUUUAGUUCUAAUGUUGGAAUUUGUAUACCGUAAAAUAGUCACAUAGUUUCUUGACAGUGUUUGUAAAUUUGACAACAUUAUGUAAAGCUGUGCAACGUUUAUAUUAAGUGAUAUUCUGUGUGAUGAACACAGACUAAGCAUGAAAGGACAAGCUGUGUCUUGGAUAAAGGCUGAAUUUCUUUUGAUCGAAUGCGAUCGAUUUUUAUGUUUUGAGAAUGAUUUUGAGACCGUUUUUAGUCAGUUUUGUUUACAAUAUGUAAGAUUCAAACUGGUCAUUUUAAUCUAUUGCUAUUUUCUAUGACUGUACAUGUACUAUAGAUAAUUUUGUAAUUUUCAGUUCAACAUUUCCCUGUGUAUAUUAUGGGUUGCCUUUUUGAUAUUGAUAAUUAUCUUGUACAGACAUUUGCAAAAUGUUCUAAUUGAAUAUUCUUUUCACAACCCAAGGAUGUUACUUUCUUAAAAAAUUUGAGUUGAUGCAUUCAGUUAAGGAAUAAAUUCAACUAGAAAAUCUCAAA